AUGUCAGAAUUUUGUCGGAAUUUGGGAGAAGAUGCGGCUACCAGUGUUUCGUCAGCUAUGGCAAUGGCUGCGAGUACAUCGAUUCGAAUUACAAAGUUUAAUCGUCCAUCAACAAUUCGCUCUCGUAUUCAACGGCCACAACGUGAAGCAACAGCUCUAGAUCAUGAUGAUGAACUGUUAGAAUAUGCGAUGGCUGUAGAACAAGAAGAUGAAGGCGACACGGAUAACAAUAAUCGUAUGAAUGGAGAUGAUGAAAAUUCAGAUGAAAGUGUCAAACCAUUUCGACUCGAAGAUUCAGUGUUAGACGAAGAACCUAGUCUUGAUCGUGGUUUAGCAAGUGCAUUACGUCUAGCAGAACAAAAGGGUUAUUGGGAAAAAGGCAAAGGACGACAAAAUGCUCGUAUGACAAGUGAAAUAUCGGUGAAACAUUUCACUAUUGAAGAAAAAAAUUAUUAUGAUAUCGACGAUAAAUAUGCACGACGUGACCGAUAUUCUGGUCCGUUGAUAGAUUUCAAAGAAAAGGAAGCCUACAGACCAGAAGUGAAAUUAGAAUAUGUUGAUGAUACUGGACAACGAAUGAAUAGAAAAGAAGCAUAUCGAUAUUUAUCACAUCGAUUUCAUGGAAAAGGAUCGGGUAAAAAGAAAGAAAAACAAACGAAAAAAUUAAUAGAAGAAGAGUUAAUGAAAAAAAUGAGUAGUGUUGAUACACCGUUAAAUACAGUUGCUCUAUUACAAAAGAAACAAGCUCAACUACAACAACCUUAUAUUAUUCUGAGUACAACAAGAAUAAAAUAG